AUGAGUGAUGAAAAUAAGGCAUCGUUGUGGAUGGAGGUUGAGGAACUGCGACGUGAAGUGAAUGAAUUGAAAACAUCGCUGCUGGAUGUCGCGACGAAAAACACGCGACGCGAAUCUGAAGACGACUGCACAGCAGUUCGCGAUCAGAGACUCAGUGAAUCUGUGGAUGAGAGAAACUUCAGUGAAGAUCUGCUGAGGAGACCUCAGAAAAGCUCUUCAUUCAUGAGUCUGCUACCAUCUCAAACAUCAUCAUCUGAAGAUCUGUUCAGCUCUCGCUUCAUAUACCACAGACUGAAAGAUCCGAGGAGGUUAAUGGGUGAAAUUGCUUUCCAGCUGGACCGUCGAAUCCUCUCGUAUGUUUUCCAGGAACAAUCUAGGUUGUAUGGAUUCACCGUGCAGAACAUAAAAGACAAAAUAGAGCAGGUCUCCACACAUCCUCUGACUGGGAAGGUAGAUGAAGCGUACAAGCACCAGCUGGUCAAACGUCACACAGAGAUCAUGGACAGGCUUCAGAUACUGGGCUACAACAUGAGUCUUCACCCUCCCUUCACCGAGUUUAUCAUCAACACAUAUGGGAUAUUGAAGGAGCUUCCAGGUGUGUAUGGAGACCAGGACACAACUUCUUUAAACAAUCCAGAGUUUCUGCGUAAGGUGAUUGUUGAAAACGCUCCGUCCAAGCUGCUGAAGGAUCUUUUGCUUUUGCUCAGCUGUCUGUGUUUCAUGUCGAGACAGGACGGCAAGAGUCUCUUACUGUGGUAAAGAGCAUCAGUCAUAUUCACUCCCAUCAUGCUUACCAGGAGAAAAAGUCUCAGCACAAUCCAUUGACUGAAAAUAAACAGCAAAGAAAUGCAAUGCGUUGUUGGAAAGUUGCUUUCCCUUGGUUUGCAUCAGAUUUAAUAUGA